AUGGCAGGCUCCAGCAUCAAAGUUUCUAAGAACACUGUUGUUAGUGUUGUUCCCGAAGCACCCACCAGUAUGCGAGCCUCUAAAGCGAGCGCGUCUAAGGCAUGGGAAGCCCUUGCUAAGAAGACGAAGAAGACGCUCUCCGCCACAGGCACAGGGCAUGCCACGAUUAUAUCCGUACUCACGGGUCUCGGUACUCGUGGCAUGCCCUGCACAGGCAUCAAAACGACGGGCAAGUCUUCGAUCAAGGCCGGUCCGACAUCGAAGCGUAAGCCUCAGUCUGAUGCGGAGGCCGUGCCCGUGAAAAAGGCGAAGCAUUCCAGUCUUCUCUCUGGCAAAGUGUCGCUUUCAUCUUCGAAAAGAGGUCGUCGCACGGUUCCCAACUUAGACGGUUCCGACUCCGAAGGUAGUCUGCCUUCUCGUAUUUCCGCUCGUAUUCCCCUCGCCGACAAGGGCAAGGCUAAGGCUCCACCUGCCGAAGAUGAGUCCAGUGGCGGUUCGUCGGAGGAGUUCCAGCCUUCCGACUCAUCGGAAGGAGACACAGACGACGAAGACCACGAGCAAGACGACGACGAUGAAGGUGGCGAUGUCGGCCUCAAUGAUGCUGCAGCGCGGCUUAACCGAAAGCAAACUCGCAAGGCUGCCAAGGAGAAGGCCAUCAAGAAGGCCAUCAUCGCAGGCACAUUCGAUGCGAGGUGGCCCGAAGACAAAGAGAACAUCCCUCCAGCUGAGUUGGCGGUCCGAGCACAUCGUCUCAGUACCAGUAGCAUGCCGUCCCUCGAGACUCUGACUGAUGAUGAGGACGACGGGCCCCUUGUUGCCGCUGCGGCUCCGCCUCCGCCUCCGCCUCCUCCGCCUCCACCGUCCAUCCCAAUUGGUUCCACUAAAUUCCCAGCACGCAACAUCGAGCUCGUCCACCCUGCACCUGGCCGCCGCUUCCUAUCCCUCAGAGCCCAACCGCAGCCCGUGCAAGAUGUAUUUGAGCCGGCCCUCGAAAAUCUGGCAUGCGAGAUAUACGGCGUUGACGCGUUUCCCGACCGCCGUACGCGUGCUGAUAUGAAGGUUGGUGCCCUUCUUGCCGCCCUUCGAGGUAUGAGUCAUCACGAUAUCGAGACUCGUAUCUGGAACGAUCCCGUUUAUACGCGGUUGUUCGGAUCUUUGCUCGAGCCCCGAAUCCCUCUCAUGCGAUCCUCUGUUCACGACAUCGCGGAUAGUGUCGUGCUUGAUGAGUUCGACUUGCCAAACAAGGCCGCAGACCGUGCGCGUGAGGUUCUCCGCCUGACGGCGGCGUGCACUCUUCUCUACCCCCUCGGUUCUAAUGGUAAACCUGAUCGUGCCCGACCCUUCUACCACCCAUCAAUUCUCUCGACGUUUCAUAAGAAGUUUCUAUCCGGCUCGCCCAACUUCCUCGAGAUACAUUCUCGUGAGCUUGGGAUUGCUCGCUCCGAAGAUGAUGCUGCGCCCGUCCGUGUUCCUGGCCCUAUGAUUGCAUUUGUUGCCGUUGCGGUUUAUGCCUCCCUGAUUGAAUGGCGGAGCGGUCACCAUGUCCCAAUUGAGUUCUCCCGCGACAAUUUCAACCACACCUACAGGCAGUAUUGCAAGCGUUUUGAGGAUCUUCGUGAGAGGUUUGGUGUCGAUGUUUAUCGCCAGUACCUUUCUGAGUUUUAUGAGACCGCUAUGGCGUUCGGCUCCGAUGACGACAUCUCUAUUGGUGCUGAUGAUGAUUGGGAUGCGGCUCUCAUCGCUUCUCGCUUCGCGGCCGAUGAGCCUGGCCCGUCGGCAUAG